AUGGAACUCCAAUUGGUCGCACUGCUGCUCCUCGCCCGUUCGGCGAUGUCGGGUUUGGUACGGCGCUCUUCUUGCAGAGAGGUAGUCUUUACAGUCUCGGGCACUGCGCACAAUCGUAACAUUAGCACUGUGCCCUUCACGGACCUUGAAGCUCUCACAGCUACGUUCAAGGCCAAUGAUUUCGAGACAUUCGAAGUGUCGGGCUCGCAACAAGUCGCCGGAUGGUACUGCGAGCCGACCGAGGGGAAUUGCAACGAGGGAAAACUGCAAAUUUUGAACGCGCCUAUCACGGCCAAUCGCGAAUACUGGACCGCUCUUGGAGGAACAGGAUUGACGACACCUCCCAACAAGCCAUACAAGCCAGAGUUAUAUUCCUGGGUUGACUACGCCAACAGGAUGGGGUAUGCGACGCUGGCGAUUGAUCAUCUGGGUACCGGAAAGAGUUCGCAUCCGAAUCCUGCAAGUGAAACCCAGAGCCCAUACGAGGUCGAAUUGUAUCAUGAUCUUGUCAAACAAAUCAAGACUGACGAGAAGAACCCACUGGCGAAGACGUUCCAACACUUGGUAUACGUGGGCUGCUCAUACGGAUCGGAAAUCGGAAAUCUGCUUGCUGCAGUGUAUCCAGACGACUUUCAAGAGAUGAUAUUGACUGGUUGGUCCAAGUCAGUGUUGCCUUCUCUGCCCGGAGUGACCGCAUUGGGAGCCCAGCCAGCCAGCCAGGUCGAUGCAAAGUCGUUUGGAGAUCUUGCACAAGGAUACAUGACGACCCCAAAUGAGACGACCAGGACCGAGUCAUUUUUUGGAGAUCCCAACGUGGUAGACUUUGAGCCGGAGGUUGCACAUCUCUUCUUCCAGAGAAAAGACGUGGUGUCCGCGGGACAGUUUGUAAGGUAAAUAUGCAUUGACCUGUCUCCAUUUACGGGAAAGGCAGCAGCUGACGAUAUCCAGCGUGUACGUUGACACCAAGCCGGCACCGGCAUUUCGAGGACGAGUCCUCGUACUCACUGGUGAACAAGAUCAAGCAUUUUGCGGGCCGGGCAGUUCUGCGAUCGACCCCAAGCCUGCAUGCGGUCAUUUGCUCAGAAAAUCGGG